AUGCCUGGUUUUGAUAUCAUAGUAACAGAAACGACGACCGUUGAACUAGAAGUCGAUCUUACGUAUAUGCAGCAGCAGCAGCAGUAUGACAUGCUAAUUAAAGAUCUGAAGAUUGUCAAUACUUACUAUUCGGAUAGCGAAGAGGAGUAUGGGACCGAGACAACGAGAACAUUUCAUGAAAACGUAGAUGAAAAAUAUCUCUUUCCUAUUGAUAAGGUAAGAGUUGUGCUUUGUUCCGAAGAAGAAGAAGAAGAAAACUCGCUGAAACUACUUGUUGUCAGUUUGAACACGAAAGAUUGGGUUUAUCACCAACAUGAAAUGCUAAAGGCUUCAUUGGAUGAUCAAAUAUUCCUAGCUCCCAUAAAGCCAGAUGAGAUCAAACAUGUUCUCGAUAUUGGAAGUGGACACGGCAAAUGGGCAGUUGACUUUGCUUCCGAGCACCCAAAUACCCAAGUCAUUGGAACAGAUCUGAGCCUUCCAACUCGCGAAAGUGUACCUGAAAACUGCAAAUUUGUCAUUGCUGAUGCGGAGGAACCAUGGCAAUUUCCACACAAAUUUGAUUUUAUCAUCCUACGCGAUUUGAUGAUGUGUUUCAGCGAUCAAAAAGAAGUGUUCAGAUCAGCUUUCGAUGCCCUUGAGCCCGGUGGCUAUUGUGAGAUCCUCGAUGCCAAACUUCCCCUCAAUUCCAUCGAUGACUCAAUGGAAGGUAGUGCGGUUGCCCAGUGGUUCCAAGCAUGUGUUGAAGCGGGUGAAUCGGGUGGAAGGCCCUGGACUAAUAUCCCUAAAUAUCGGGAAUGGAUGGAUGAUAUUGGGUUUGAGGAGGUGACGGAGACGGUCUAUGAUGCUCCAAUCAAUGAUUGGCCGAUAGGGGUUAAAGAGAAGAAAGUCGGUGCAAUGAUGCAGAAGGAUAUGAAGGAAUUCUUGUAUUCCACCAAGCGUCUCAUAGUAGAGGGUUUAAAAUGGGAUGAAGCGGUGGUCAGCAAAUUACUAAAUGAGGCGAAGAAAUCUGGGAAGGAUCGGAAUGUUCACGCAUAUGUCCCUAUCUACGUUGUAUGGGGUAGAAAACCCAGCAAGUGA